UAUUCCCUCGCUCGCUAUUUUCACCUUCAAAAAUGGCCAACUAUUCCGGCACUCCCCCUAAUCUAUCUUUAUCUAUUCUAUUUCUCGUCCUCUCCAGCCUCACCGGAGACGCCACCGCUGUUUACUCUAUCGAUGUUAACUACGGCACCCUUGGUAACAACCUUCCACCUCCCGCCCAAGUCGCUACCUUUAUCAAACAACGGACCAUCAUAGACAAAGUGAAGAUCUUCGAUACCAACCCAGAUAUUCUCCGGGCUUUUGCCAACACCGGAAUCGCCAUUACCGUCACCGUUGGCAAUGGCGACAUCCCCCAACUCGCAAAUCUUCCCGCCGCUCGAAACUGGGUGGCCACCAAAAUUACCCCGUUCUACCCACAAACUAAAAUAAACCGAAUCGCUGUCGGGAAUGAAAUCAUGGCCACUGCAGAUAAAAACCUCAUAAUCCAUAUGGUCCCAGCUAUGAAAUCCCUCCAUGCCGCUCUGAGACUAGCUGGAAUCAUGGACAUUCAGGUAUCAACACCACACUCACUCGGUAUUCUCUCUAUAUCAGAGCCACCGAGCCUGGGUCAAUUCCGACGUGGCUAUGACAGAGUUAUUUUCUCUCCCAUGCUCCAAUUCCUGAGGGAAACUAAAGCGCCGUUCAUGGUAAAUCCAUACCCGUACUUUGGCUUCACCGCCAAGACGUUGAACUACGCACUCUUCAAGCCUAACCGAGGCAAGUAUGACAAGUUUACGAGGAUAACAUACACCAACAUGUUCGAUGCGCAGCUCGAUGCCGUUUACUCGGCGAUGAAGAAGUUGGGCUACGGCGAUGUCGAUAUUGUGGUGGGGGAGACAGGAUGGCCGUCGCUUGGGGAUGCGAACCAGCCGGACGUUAACAUACAGAACGCCAUCUCGUAUAACGGGAACCUCAUCAAGCACGUGAACUCGGGGAAAGGGACACCGUUGAUGCCUAACCGGAGUUUCGAGACGUUUAUUUUUGCGCUGUUCAACGAGAAUCUGAAACCAGGGCCGACCCCGGAAAGAAAUUUCGGGCUGUUUCAACCGGAUUUUACACCGGUUUACGACUCAGGAGUUAUGCGUGGACAAAUGAGGGGUCGGAGACGAAGGAGGAGGCGAGGAGCACCGGCGGGGAAGGUGUGGUGUGUGCCGAAGGCGGAGGCGAGCGAUGAAGCGCUGCAGGCGAACAUCAACUACGUGUGCGGUACCGGAGUGGAUUGCAAGCUAAUCCAGCCGGGUGGGAAUUGCUUCGACCCCAACACCAUCAGGUCUCACGCAUCCUACGUCAUGAAUGCUUACUACCAGACAGCCGGUCGUCACUCCUUCAACUGCGAUUUUUCUCACACCGCUGUUCUCACCACCACCGAUCCCAGUCAUGGCACAUGUCAGUACAUUUCUUGAGAGAGAGAAACCAAAGUGGAGACUGCCGGUGAACUGGUGAAGGCGAGCGUGGAUGAAACGACAUGUUCAGAUGCAUCGGCAGCUAGGCUGCCGUGCGUUAUUUGAAAUGAAAAUUGAAAAUUUAAUUUUACUCUCUCUCAGUUUGAAAACAUACA